AUGUCGGCUGGCCGUGCUCCCACGCCGGGCUCCCACGCCGGAAGCCCCGAUCGGAGGCGCGCCGGGGGCGAAUCGGCACUGGCAAAGAGGCAGCCUUCCGUCGCACCGCAGCUCUUCCGCUGCUCCGGGAAAACCGCCCUUCUCACUAUGGACUAUCCCCCCCGCCGGCAGCAACUGGUGGCGUCGGUGACCCGGAGAAACGAGCGAGAGAGAAACCGGGUGAGAUUGGUGAACGCCGGCUUUCAGACCCUGCGCCAACACGUGCCGAACGGGACCGCCGACGGCCGGCUCAGCAAGGUGGAGACGCUCCGGUCCGCAGUGGAGUACAUCAGAGCCCUGCAGCAGCUCCUGGACGAAAACCAAGCGGCGCUCCGGACCGCCGGCAUCCCGUCGCCACCCCUGACUGUCUCCAGCGCACUUUCAGCGGGAUCCAAGUCGCCCCAAUCCACCUGUUCGUCCUCCUCCGAGCCCGAGCUAAUGGAUUUCACCAGCUGGUUACACAGGUCCCCUUGCUCCAACGGCGCUAUAUGGCGUUCGUCGUCGUGUGCUCUGAGGGCUGACGGAGUGGUGGCAGCUGUGAAAGCCAUCGAAGUUGGACCCUCCCUUUACCCAGAGCCGAGGACAACUGACCCAGUGUUCCCCCAGUGUCAGCAGCCCUGUGUGUUGACCCACGACAUCAGCCUGGAUGAGUUCGAAGAUGACGACCUGUCAGAGAUUACAGAAAUCACGGACGAAUGCGGGAUGAGCCUCAACUGUAAUGGUCUGGAGAUCAAGGGCCAUGUGAGGAGAGGAACCAAUAGCAUGUCAGGUAGGGCAGAGCUUGGUGCUGUCGGCCAGCUCCAGGCUGAGAUGCUGCAUUUGGACCUCAUCGACGGGGCCGACGGUUACCGCGGUGACAAAGAAUCGUCAAAGGCGUCAGCCAUCCCAACUCCAGCAGUAACCAAGGACCCUGCGGCACCUGUUACCAUGGAUACCUAUCGGCCCAAGAGACCCACAACCCUUAACCUAUUCCCCAUGGUGCCUCGGACUCAGGACACAUUAAACAACAACUCCCUUGGGAAGAAAUACAGUUGGCAGGAGAAGGUGUCUCGCUCAUCCUCCCCCCUCAUAACAGGUGAGCUCACACCUCCACACGAGCACAGCUGUUUGAGCGACGAGAACAAGGUACAGGCUGGGGUUGCGCAGACCAAAGACCGCGGCACCUCCACCGACGCCCCCUGCAGACAUACGCACACCUCCGGGCACACACACGGUUCCUCCACUGUGGCCACAACACGCUCCAAGCUUCAGGAGAAGCCCCCUGCCCCUCCGCCACCUCAGAACUACACACCGGCUCCUCUGCAUCCUGCUGGGAGGCUAGAUGGCGGAGGGCACCACAGAGAGAGGAUUCGCUACCACACAGAUGUUCGUCUAGAGCCCACGGAGGAGAUCUAUCUGACCCCUGUGCAGCGUUCGGCUGACCCACUGGACCCGCGAGCAGAGCAGGACCGGCCAUUCCUGUCACAGCAGACCGAGCAGGGCCGCAUGUCCAUCAGCUCUGACACGGAGGGCCCACCCCCUUACCAGCCCCUCCCUGACAGGACCAAUCCUUCCAUCAAUGAGGCGGAUGAGGUCUAUGUCCCCCCGCCCUCUUAUGCUUCAUGUGUUGAGUCCCUCAUCACGCCACCCAGCAUUGCUCCCUCUGCCCCGCCACCACCCUCGUCCUUAGCCCUGGACCUCAGCCUCAGGGCAGCAGGGGCGGAGGUGAGGGCAGGGGUGGGGGCAGGAGUGGUGCUGAGGGCAGGGACAGGGGUGGAGUAUGUGGACGCCACUGACGACAACUAUGGAGGCGAGGACGAGGAUGUGGACAGGGUGAUGUGGGAUGGAAGGAUGAGGGAGGGGGGGCAAAGAGUGGGGGAAGAUGGGGGAGGCAGGAAAGGGCUCCUGCCGCGGACUUCUAUGAGCUCGGAGGCUAGCGGCCUGUCGUACGACUCAGUCAAAUACACUCUGGUGGUAGACGAACAUGCCCAGCUGGAGUUGGUCAGCCUACGGCAGUGUUAUCAAGGUUACAGCGAUGACAGUGACUCAGCCACUGUCUAUGACAACUGCGUCUCCUCCCCCUACGAGUCAGCCAUCGGGGAGGAGUAUGAGGAGGAGGAGGAAGAGGUGGACAGAGCUAGAGUGGAUGGAGUCAGGAGGGAGGCCACUGCCUGUCUGUCAGAGGACUCCACCCCAGAGGCGGACCUCCACUUCUCCAAGAAGUUCCUCAACGUCUUCUUGAAUGGACGCUCUCAUUCCUCUAGUGCUGAGUCGUUUGGUUUGUUUUCCUGUGUCAUAAAUGGAGAGGAGAGGGACCAGAGCCACAGAGCCGUCUACAGGUUUGUCCCUCGCCACGGCGAUGAGCUGGAGCUGGAGGUAGAUGACCCCUUAUUGGUGGAGGUCCAGGCGGAGGACUACUGGUACGAGGGAUACAACAUGCGCACUGGUGCCCGGGGCAUCUUCCCAGCAUACUACGCCAUAGAGGUGGCCAAGGAACCUGAGAGUUACAAAGUAAAGAGCAGUGAAUGGGUGGAUCGGUACCAACUGAAAUUCCUGGGCUCUGUCCAAGUGCCCUAUCACAAAGGGAACGAUGUUCUGUGUGCAGCUAUGCAGAAGAUUGCCACUAAUAGAAGGAUGACAGUUCAGUAUAACCCACCCUCUUCGUGCAUCCUGGAGAUCAAUGUGAAAGGCAUAAAGCUCAUGGUCCAGGAUGAUUAUUAUGCCAGCGACAGGAGUAACGAGUGCAGUCACUUCUUCCAAUUAAAAAAUGUGUCCUUCUGCGGCUAUCACCCAAAAAACAGCAAGUAUUUUGGCUUCAUCACGAAGCACCCAGCAGACCAGAGAUUUGCCUGUCAUGUGUUUGUUUCUGAGAAUUCCACCAAACCUUUAGCAGAAUCAGUAGGGAAAGCCUUUCAGAUGUACUAUAAGGAGUUUGUGGAGUUCUCAUGCCCAACAGAAGACAUCUACCUAGAAUAG